GAUAACAAAAAAAAAAAAAACACUCAAAAUCCGAUCGGAAAACGAAACCAAGGACUGGUUUUGGAACCCUAGCUCCCUGUGCUCCCUUCUUCUUCUCCGUCUCCGUUCCCGAUUUAUAUGCACGGUGGCCGGUGAGUCUUCAUCCAAGCGUGUUGAGCCCCCCUGCCUCAUUCCACUUCUUCGUCUCCGUUCUCAAUCGAUUGCAGCGACGUUUUCUCUAAUGGGAUAUUAAACGAAGAGAUAAUCAAAUUCUAUGAUCAGAACCGGUUCAGAUUAAUAGUCAGACAUGAGUGUUGAGCCGUUUAAUCGGUUGGUCAAGCUUGCUGCGCGGGCAUUUUACGAUGACAUUGCCAUGAAAGGGGAAAACCAGCCUAAGACUGGUAGGAGCGAUAACAGGGGAAUGGCUGUAGUGGUCCUCGAUGCUCUCACCAGACGUCAAUGGAUCAGAGAAGAAGACUUAGCGAAGGAUUUAAAGCUGCACUCUAAACAACUUCGCCGCACCUUGCGAUUUUUUGAGGAGGAAAAGCUAAUAACUAGAGAUCAUCGGAAAGAGACAGCUAAAGGUGCAAAGAUAUAUAAUGCCGCUGUCGCUGCCACUAGUGAUGGUCAAAUUGGCAGAGAGGGAGAAGAGAAGAUUAAGCUGCACACCCAUUCAUACUGUUGCUUGGAUUAUGCACAGAUACAUGAUGUUGUGAGAUACAGACUGCACCGAAUGAAGAAGAAAUUAAAAGAUGAAUUGGAUAAUAGGAACACCGUUCAGGAGUACAUAUGCCCUGAUUGUGGGAGAAGAUAUAAUGCUUUGGAUGCACUACGACUGAUUUCCCCAAAUGAUGAAUAUUUUCAUUGUGAAAAAUGCGACAGUGAACUUGUUGCUGAAAGUGACAAGUUAGCUGCUGAAGAAAUGGGAGAUGGAGAUGACAAUGCACGGAGGAGGAGGCGUGAAAAAUUGAAGGAUAUGCUUCAAAAAAUGGAGGUACAGUUAAAGCCAUUGAUGGAACAACUUGCCAGAGUGAAGGAUUUAGCUGUGCCUGAAUUUGGCGGUCUCCAAGCUUGGGAAGCUAGAGCUAGUGCUGCUGCCCGUGCAAAUGGUGAUGCUGCUGCUAAUGAUUCUUCUAAAGCUUCUCAGGGGCAAGGAUAUGGUGGAACGCCAAUGCCGUUUCUUGGAGAGACAAGGGUUGAAGUUGCACUCUCUGGUGCUGAAGUCAAGGAAGAGGAUACCAAAGCUGAUGCUGGAACUAAUUCUAUGAAAGUUCUGCCUCCUUGGAUGAUCAAGCAAGGCAUGAAUCUUACAAAAGAGCAGCGUGGAGAAGUCAAGCAAGAUUCGAAAAUUGGCACUAGUUCAGCACCCAUGUCUGAUGACAAGAAGUCCAAAGUUAAUGGAAAAGAGGAAAAAGAGGAUGAAAAGAUAAUACAGGAUGAGUAUGUUAAAGCUUAUUAUGCCGCUUUUCUAAAGCGGCAACAAGAACAAGAAGAAGCUGCCAAGAGGCAAGAAGAACUGGAAAACAAAAGUAAUGCCUCUAAUGAUGUCAUUGAUAUACCUAAUGAUCGUCAAGUUGGCCUGAAAUCAAAACGUGAUGUGUAUGAGAGGGAAGAUGGUGUUGAAUGGGAAGAGGCUUCAACUGCGGGCAACGCCAAUGAAACUAACAUACUUAACGACUUAAAUGUUCAAGCUGAAGCAUCUGGAGAUGAUGAGGAUGAGAUAGACUGGGAGGAAGGGUGAUGGCAAUAUUUUAUGGCCUUACAUGAGGUUGGCCCUGAAGAAAUCUGUUGGAGAGGGCAUGUCUUCCCUCAGCAUGUGGUUCAAAUAUCUAUAUUUUGGUGCAUCAACUUUAACACUCAAAAAAUUUAUGCUGUGGCGUGUUUGGUUUGCAAUAUAUUCUCUCCCAGUGCGCAGCUGGUGUAGCAUAGAACAUUUGGGAACCAAAACAGGCAAUACAUCUUUGAAUGGUGUUGGUUUGUC